ACGAACAGAAACGAGGAUCUUCUGUAGAAGGUAUUUAAAGCAUUAAUUUAAUUGAAUCCACAAAUAGAACGAAACUAGAACAUCAAAUAAGCACUUGGAUUAAGCCCUAUGCCUAUCACUGGAUGUUAUUGAUCCUCCUCCAGUAAAUAUGAAGCCACAUGCUGUCCCAGUCGUUCUCGCCAACAAUGAUCACACCUUCUCUUUGGACGAAGAGGCUUUGAGAAAGGUACUCUUAAGGGAUGAGGUCAAGGACAGGUACGUCGUUGUCAUUUCUGUAGCAGGAGCUUUCCGCCAUGGUAAAUCAUUCCUGCUUGAUUUCUUCUUGAGGUACUUGAAUUCAAAGUAUGUACUUAAACAAAACACAUCAGAGUGGUUGGGGAGCGAUGAUGCCCCCUUGGAAGGUUUCUCAUGGAAAGGGGGGUCAGAAAGGGACACCACUGGGAUCCUCAUGUGGUCUGACGUUUUUCUAACUGAAUUGCUCACAGGAGAAAAGGUUGCUGUAGUUCUUUUGGACACACAAGGAACUUGGGAUAGUAAAAGCACUGUUCGUGAAUGUGCCACAAUUUUUGCAUUAAGUACAAUGCUAAGCUCAGUUCAAAUCUAUAAUCUAUCAAGUAAUAUCCAGGAAGAUGAUUUGCAACAUUUGCAGCUAUUUACAGAAUAUGGGCGAUUAGCUUUAGCAGACUCAGGAAAAACACCAUUCCAAAGACUACAGUUUCUUGUGAGAGAUUGGCGGUUUCCUUAUGAGGCUCCUUAUGGGGCUGUUGGUGGUCAACAAAUACUUAAAAAGAGGUUGGAAGUUAAUGAAAAUUCACAUCCAGAGCUUGAAUCUCUCAGGAAACACAUUAAGUCACUAUUUACUGAAAUUGCAUGCUUUUUAAUGCCUCAUCCUGGCAUUAAGGUAGCUACAAGUCCCACAUUUGAUGGCAGACUAGGAGAAAUUGAUCCAGAAUUCAAGGAAAACCUGAAAAUCUUGGUGCCAAUGCUUCUGGCCCCGGAAAACUUGGUUUUAAAGAGGAUCAACGGCCAGAAAGUUAAAGCCAGGGAUUUAAUUCAAUAUUUCAAGUCAUACAUGGCUAUUUACAAGGGAAAUGAGUUGCCAGAACCAAAGUCUAUGCUUGUUGCUACUGCGGAAGCCAACAAUUUAUCUGCUGUUGCCGAUGCAAAAGAUACCUACGUUACUUUAAUGGAAGAAAUUUGUGGAGGGAACAAACCUUACUUGAAUACGGCUACGAUGGAAUCUGAACAUCGCAAAGUCAAAGAUAAGGCGAUUCACCAGUUUCAAAGUAAAAGGAAAAUGGGAGGGGAUGAAUUUAGUGAAAAGUACAAAGAACAGCUUGAAAAAGAUUUGGAGGAAACUUUCGCUCAGUUCAAAGCACAUAAUGAAAGUAAAAAUAUAUUUAAAGCUGCGAGAACUCCUGCCGUAUUUUUCGCUUUAGCCGUGUUUUGUUACGUCUCGUCCGGACUCUUUGCGCUGUUGGGUGCAUACACAAUCGCAAAUGUUUUUAAUACAAUAAUGGCUGUUUCGUUUCUCACUUUGGCCAUGUGGGCUUACGUCAGGUAUAGUGGAGAGUUUCGAGAAAUCGGCUUACAUAUCGACGAAAUGGCUAACUUAAUAUGGGAAAAUUCUAUGAAACCCGUCGUACAAACUUACGUCGAGAACGGUAUGCAGCAAAUGGCUGCCGAAGUAGCUGAAAGAACUGUCCUAAAUGCAACUAAUAUUACAACCAACGGCAAGAAACAGGCGUGAUGACAUUCUGUUGUCUGUACUAAUAGCAUCCUAAACGCAUCGUUACAUAUUAACGAAUUAUAACGUCACGUGGUUUGGAUUGUUGUGGAUUUUGUCUUGCCAUAUAUUGUGGAAAAUUGUUUAGUAUGUAACUUUGCUGACUAUGUGAUAUCUUGGCAAUGUUGGUAUUAUUGUAAUUUAUUUGUACAUAACGCUUCUAAAAAUAAUACAAUUUUAUCUAUUACGUAACCAUUUUAUUGUACACUGUUAUGUAAAGUUUGCAAAAAUUUAUUACAUGUUUCCUUUGGUCAA